GUGGCGCGUGACCUGGCACCUGAGAAGCGGGACCGCCGUAUCGCGACUUGCGCCAUCUGCGCAAAUCUAAAUCUUCAAGUGAUUAUGGAGGAUGAAGGCGAUCUUUCUGUCUACCAUCGCUAUCAUCGCUAAGUGACGAGCCUAAGGUCAGAAAGUCGCCACUAUGGUCGUGCCGCUUGGAUCCCCUCAGCCCGUCUUUGCCCUACCCCUCCUCGAAGAUAUCCCGGACGAUCUGGCAGACCGCCCUGUAGAUGGGCCACCGUUGAAGGAUAUUGGGCCGCUGGGACUGCCGCAGAUCAUCUUCGGGGCUGCUACCUUCUCGGGGAGCUACAACUCCGAGGCCACAAUUGCUAGCGAUGUUCCGGUCCGCACUGUCCGCCUCGCUCUGCGGUACGGCAUCCGCGCCUUUGACACAUCGCCCUAUUAUGGGCCGUCAGAGAUCGUGCUCGGCACUGCACUCAAGGUCCUUGAACCAGUCUUUCCCCGCUCGUCAUACAAACUCAUGACGAAGUGCGGACGGUAUGGCCUUACUCAGUCCGAGUUCGAUUAUUCUCCCGAGACCAUCCGCAAGAGCGUCGAACGCAGUCUGAAGCGUCUCCAUACUACUUACCUUGACACCGUAUAUUUGCACGACGUCGAAUUCGUGUGCACCCCGGUGGGCCCUCUCGAGGCAGGCAAUCCAGAAACGGCCCUUUUCGAGAAGAGUGCGGAGUAUGGGCUUGCUGAAGGGCAGGAAGGCAAGGUGUGGGGAGAAGGAGAUCAGAAGAUCCUCGAUGCCUAUGCGGAGCUCCGAAGGUUACAAGAAGAAGGCAAGAUCAAGCAUAUCGGGAUCACUGGCUACACACUCUCGACGCUUCUCCGCCUUGCGCUUCUUGUACUUCAUACCCCGCCUUACAGACCGCUCGACGCCCUCCUAUCUUACUGUCAUCUGUCCCUCAACAACAGCACCUUCGCCACAUACGCCAAACCGCUUCGCGAGCGCGCAAAGGUUACCCAGCUCGUCACCGCAUCCCCUCUCAGCAUGGGCCUCCUCACUCCGACGCCCCCACCCUGGCAUCCUGCCCCCGUGGAGUUGAAGGAGGCGGCGAAGGAUGCGAACAGGCUCGUGGAAGAUGCGGGGUGGGAGGGCGGCCUUCCGAACCUUGCGAUCGGGUACGGAUUUAGGAAAGGGCAGGAGACUGACCUGCCAGUCGUCGUGGGACUCAGCAGCCCUCGUGAGGUACACGAGAGCGUACGCGCGUGGCGCACAAUCCAGAAAGGCACCGAUGAGGGGCAGCGGGUGGUAUUGGAAGACAAGGUCAUCCGUACUUUCGGGUCCUCAUUGAAUCUCUCUUGGGCCUCUCCCCCUGAAGAACUGCGGGUGUAGAGCUUCGAUGUAGUCCGUCGAGAUAUCCGCGUACGAACACCCCACGCUUGUAUCAAUCACUGUGAACCUGGGAAUAAUCAUCUACGGCCGCGUGGUACGCCCCUUACUGUCAUUCAACGGUCGCUGAUACAUGUCUCUCGAAGGAUCUUUAUGAUGACGAGUUUCUUUACUCCAGGGGCGUAGCUUUCGGCGCACUUCGUACCGACGUGAAGUGUGAGGCUUCGAAUUCACUUUCAGUGAGAGUUGAAGUCACCCACAACCUGAUCCUUUCGCGAGAUCAAUUCAGUCGCCACCCAAAAACAAACAAGGCACAAGAGCCAGUCCGGUUGGCUGGAGCAGUCCCCAUAUCAUAUUUAGUCGACCUCGGCGCGACGGAAAGUCCGCGUGGUUGGUAUGCAUACCCCAAACAACCAAGUCUCGGACUGAGGCACGACUCCAUCUUCGAAAGACACUUCCCGAUAAUUCUUCAUUGCUACAAUGAUGUCUCUCUCCUCCCUAGGACAUAUCUUGUUACGCCUCGCCGUCACCCUCAUCUUCGGAACGCGCUCGCAGGCAUUCCGAUCUUCGGUCAUCGCAAAUCCUACGUUAUCGAUCAAUAACAUCCCGUUCAGCACAAGGGCGCACUGGAUGCGAGUCGCCAACGCCGCGCUCGCCGACAUUAAAUCCCCGUGCCCGGCCAGCGCGUUCGCGACUGUCAUAGUCAACCAUUCCGCUGCAGGUUUGGGCGAGCUUGUAUGCAUCGGGGUCAACUCUGCGAUGACAACUGGUAAUCCAACAAUGCACGGCGAGAUGGCUGCAAUACAUAAUUGUACCUCGAUAAUGACAGACCCGGAUGGGCCAUUCAAGUUUACCCCGAGCCGAGCAGAGGCUGCAUUCACAGAGCUCAGUCUCUACACCAACGCGGAGAGCUGUCCGAUGUGUGCUUCAGCGAUCCGUUGGUCAGGCUUCCGCGAGUACAUCUACGGCACGAGCAUAGACUCGCUGAUAGAGCAAGGCUGGGACCAAAUCCGCGUGCCUUCGAUCUCCAUUUUCGGACAAUCGUUCGAUCUUCCAACGCAGGCAAGACUGCUCGGUGGGGUGCUCACCAAUGAAACCGAUCCGUUAUUCUUCUGGCGUUUCAAUCCCGACUUCCCUUGCCCCACAGGUUGUGCGAGGAUUGCCGGAACAUGCGAGCCUUCGACCUGAUAUCAUUGCAUGGAGUGGUUCAAGCGAUGAGAUCGUUGGGCGGGUUGAAGCAGCAGAACUCCAGGAUGUAUGCAUUGUUGCAGAUGUAAAUAACACAGUUGGUUCGCACCCUCGCUCAUAGCUAGUCGUGAAAUCAUCAUCUUGC